AUGCUCCCACAUAUCCAUACACGUGUCACCAUUGGUCCAUCUUCUCCAAUCUGCAAUUCUAAUACAAAACCAUCCAUUCAUUGUCAUCUGCAAUUGUUUAUGAACACAAACUUUAUGGCUUUCACCAUUUCAUCCACCUCCCACUCAUCCUUCACAACCAUUAACACAAAGUCUUUGCAUGGCAAACUAGAAUUCAGCACCAAAUCACCUUAUACAUACAGAAGAAGUCUUACACCAAUAUACAUAUCCAAAAGUAGCCUUGCCUUGAAGCUUAAAGCAGCUAAGAAAGGUGUAUCAAGUGUCUGUGAACCACUUCCUGCUGACAGACCUGUUUGGUUCCCAGGAACCUCCCCUCCUGAGUGGCUUGAUGGCAGCCUUCCUGGAGAUUUUGGAUUUGACCCACUUGGACUAGGGUCUGACCCAGAAACACUCAAGUGGUUUGCACAAGCUGAGUUGAUGCACAGCAGAUGGGCAAUGUUGGCAGUUGCUGGUAUAUUGAUCCCUGAGUGGCUUGCAGAUCUGGGGUUUAUCGACAACUUUUCAUGGUUUGAUGCAGGAUCUAGAGAAUACUUUGCUGACUCGACUACGCUAUUUGUGGUGCAAUUAGCAUUGAUGGGAUGGGUAGAGGGUCGAAGAUGGGCUGACAUGAUCAACCCAGGUUGUGUUAAUAUCGAGCCUAAUUUACCCAAUAAGAAGAAACCAAAGCCAGAUGUUGGGUACCCUGGAGGUUUGUGGUUCGACCCGUUCAUGUGGGGAAGAGGGUCACCUGAACCAGUUAUGGUAUUAAGGACCAAGGAAAUAAAGAACGGGCGGCUAGCCAUGCUGGCUUUUACAGGUUUUGUGUUCCAAGCCAUUUACACCGGGCAAAGCCCCCUCGAAAACCUAUCAGCUCACCUUGCAGAUCCUGGCCAUGUUAACAUUUUCUCGGCCUUCAGCACCAUUCACUGACGGAUUACAAACCUUCUUUCAAUCUCAGUUUUCUAUUGUUGACGAACUUCAUCCAAUGUACCAUAUCAUACUUAUAUAUUAAAUCUCGUCUUUAGAUUAUGGAAA